GGCAGUUCCCAUUACCUCUCAUGUUCAAACUCAAUCAAACAGAUUUUGCUAAUAAAGAUCUUCAUACAGACUGUUUACCUUGUUUGAAAUAUAAAAUCAUUUUGAUUUUUGUACAAUUAUACUUCGAAUCUUAGACUGUUAAAAAUACAUUUUCCCAACUGAGACUGCCUGUAGAAAAGUAUACACAUUAAGCAUACACUGAAAAUUUAUUUUUCAAAGAGAUGCUUUAUGUUCACGACGAAAUAUACCACAAAAGUGCAUGCUUUAAAGUCAAAAUAGACUAUUUUCUGAGGGAAUCAUUUUCUACUUGUUUUAAACAAUUUGGUAUAUAUUGUGACAUCAGUGUUCUACAAAGGAAGCAAUUGUAUCAAUAUAUCUUACAAGAGCCUUACAUGCAAACCAGUUUUAGACUAUUAAACAGACCGAAUAAUAAACCUUACAGGUUCGCAGCCUGUUGACGAUUACAUAACCGAUUUGAUAUAUAACUAUUAUGUCAAUUAUGUUACUGCUACUGUUCGAUCUUAGUCAAUGAAAUAUUUGUUUUGUUUUGUUUUAGGAACUUCCAGCAGGUCUAAUCAAACCUUACACAGAAUCGCAGAAGAAAGAAAAUAUAAAAAUGAAUAGAUACAAAGGAAUUUAUCCAUAUGACCAAAGAAGAGUGAUUCUAAAUGAAGGUUACUCCGAUUAUAUAAACGCAAGCUACAUAGACGGAUACAAGAAGAUAAAGGCUUACAUAGCUUCCAUAGGUCCAACAUAUAAAUACAUGGAGGAUAUGUCGCCAUUCUGGAGAAUGGUAUGGCAAGAGAAAGUGGGGAAAAUUGUCAUGCUAACCAAGCUGUCGGAGGCAGGGGAUAAUGUGGCUUAUUUGGAGCCCAAGCUACCGACUGAAGACAUGCCUGACUCCAACAUGGCUAAUGCCUUUGUGCGGAGAGUUCAGAUACUCUUUAAAACGCAAUACGUCAGUCCAGGCCGCCUCAAGACAGAAUUAACGAUUAUGAGAUUAGAAUAA